AUGUCGAUAUUCACUGAUAAGGUGGAGGUCACUAUUGAAGUGUUCAUGGAGGAUUUUUCUCUCAUUGAAAAUUCUUUUGAUGUGUGUUUGAUUAAUUUCGUUGAGGAACUCAAAAGAUAUGAGUAUUUAAAUGUUGUGCUAAAUUGGGAGAAAUGUAACUUUAUGGUGAAAGAAGGCAUCGUGUUGGACCAUCGCAUCUCCAAGAAAUUUAUAGAGGUUUAUCGAGCAAAAUUUGAAGUAAUUGAGAGGCUUCCUCCACCAAACUUUGUCAAGGGUGUGAGAAGUUUUCUUGGGGAUACAUUUGGAGAGUUGAAAGAGAAGUUAGUAUCUGCAACCAUCAGUAUUUCACCAAAUUGGAGUGAGCCUUUUGAACUGAUGUGUGAUUCAAGUGGUGUUGCACUUGGUGUGUUAUUGGGAUAG